AUGACGACAACAUUUCUUCACCAUUCCAGUGAGGGUGUAUGUGUGCCCGCCCACUUCUUGCCUGUUACUCUCCACAGUGUGCCAAGAGUGUCCCUGACUCCUCGCCCUGUGCACCUUCUUUGCCAUCUACUGUUGCUACUAACAGCCUUGCAGAUCGGGGUUGGUGCUCACUCUCUUUGCUUUGACUUUGCUAUAAAAUCAUGGUCCAGACCAGGGCAGCCCUGGUGCAAAGCACAGGGCUUCAUGAAUAAAAAUAUUUUCCUUCAGUAUGACAGUGACAGCAACAUGGUCAAACCUGUGGGCCUCCUGGGGAAGAAGGUAAAUGCCACCAUCACAUGUGGAGAAUUGACCCAAAAGCUGGGAGAAGUGGGGCAAAACCUCAGGAUGCUCCUUCUUGACAUCAAACCGCAGAUAAACACCAGUGGUCCUUCCACUCCGCAGGCCAAGAUGUUUUGUCAAUGUGAAGCAGAACGAUGCACUGGUGCGUCCUGGCAGUUUGCCAUCAAUAGAGAGCAAUCUCUCCUCUUUGAUAUGAUGAACAUGACCUGGACAGCAAUUAAUCAUGAAGCCAGCAAGAUCAAGGAGACAUGGAAGAAAGACAGAGAGCUGGAAAAGUAUCUCAGGAAGCUCUCAAUGGGAGACUGCAAUCACUGGCUUGGGGAAUUCUCAGAGCACUGGGAGGUGAUGCCAGAACCGACAUUCAUGGCUCAGAAACUCUGA